AGACCAUGUCACAUCAGUUUAAUUCUCCCACGUUGACAAUGGGCCCAAAAGUGAUGUCCCCAUUCCUCACCUCAUCUCCAAGACAUGUUUUACCAACAGCCUGGUAUCCACCAUUACAGCCCUGGGGCAUCAAGUAUGGAACACCCCCUCAGGGUAGCGGAAACCCUUACUACAACCAAUGGCAACAUUCCAAUGGACACUGGGGUUCACCUAGACAAUGGUCUCCAAACAGAUGGGAGCCAUCUCGCCCCUAUAAUCAUACUUGGAAAUCAAGCCCAAGAGCACAUCACAAUUAUCAUUUUAAGCAAAGUCCAGUGCAUGCCUCAGUGUAUAGCGAAAGGAAGGAUAACAGGACUCAGGUUCCUUUCAAACAGAAAAGAGGUUAUACUAAAGAUAUCAGUCAAUACUACAGCCCAUCUAUGGUGGAAGACCCUUGGGCAGAGCUGCAAGCCAAGAACACUAAAUCAACAUCACAAGAUCCUGCCGGAGUACAUCACAGCUUUAUUGCAAGAUCACAGGCACCUUCAUGAACUAUUUAGCGAGAUACAAAAUACGUUGAAAGGAGACUAGAUAGAUGACAACAAAUAUAACUCUUGGUAAAAAAAAAAAAUGCAAGUAGGCCUAUACCCCAUGUGAGCCAGGAAAGAGUAAACAUUUUCUCUAUUGCACAAAUUAAUUAUAGAGAUAGCAAAAGAUGUUCCAGAUUCUGGUGGGGUAAAUGCUACCUUGAACAAGUUCAAGUUGCUUGUAUGUUGGCUUACUUUGUGAGUGGCUUUAUGAUUAUGACUGAAGGAUAAGGGGUUAGGAUAGACCUUGAAAUCAGCUUUGCCUACUUAAUUAUUGCAUAGGCACUUUUUGCAUUCCAUAUAUAUAGUAUGUCAUAGGUGUUCAAAGCCUAUUGCAUUAGGGUGUGCACCCCAAAGUUCAAACACAUAUGCAUGUGUGUGCAUGUGUA